CGAAUCUGCUCUGACCCGGUAAUGAUUCAAGCGCACACGAGCAUGUUACACAACAAACGUGCGAAAGCCGCUGGAAACUUCUAGCAGAACGCCGCUCAUUAAUAACUAACCACUUCUACCAGUAAACCAGAGAGUGUAAAUAGUUUUAACCUACAGUACCUGACAGGAUGUCAGUUAUUGAGGAGGAACGAGUCCGCGGUGGUGUUUUUAAGGACAUUAAUGCAGAAGAUGAAGAUCAGCAACCUACAGUGAUCGAGAGUUUGUGCAUGAACUGUUAUGAAAAUGGAAGCACACGUCUACUGCUUACUAAGAUCCCUUUCUUCAAAGAAAUCAUCAUCAGCUCUUUCACAUGUCCACACUGUAACUGGACCAACACAGAGAUCCAGUCUGCUGGGCGGAUACAAGAGCAGGGUGUGCUGUACACCUUACAAGUGAAGACCAAAGAGGACAUGAACCGAGAGGUUGUGAAGUCCGACAGUGCGUCCACCAGAAUUCCACAACUUGAUUUUGAAAUUCCUGCUUUCACACAGAACGGCUCUUUGUCAACAAUCGAGGGCCUUCUGGACAGAGCAGUGGCGGGUUUAGAACAAGACCAACCUAUUAGAAAGGCAACAGAUCCAGUUUCAGCUGAAAAAAUAGAGGAAUUCAUCGAGAGGUUGAAACAACUUAAAGAAGUAGAAGAGGAAUUCACAUUAAUUAUUGAUGAUCCAUCAGGGAACAGUUUUAUUGAGAAUCCAUUUGCGCCUCAGAAAGACAUGCCCCUUAACCCAACUGCAGAAAUCCCACACUUUAAAGAGGUCAUUAUAAUGGCCACUAAUUGUGACAGCUGCAGACAUCGCACCAAUGAGGUGAAAUCUGGAGGAGCCACAGAAGAGCUGGGAACCAGAAUAACACUCCACUUAACCGACCCUUCAGAUAUGUCCAGAGACCUGCUGAAGUCAGAGACGUGUAGCGUGUUCAUUCCUGAGCUGGAGUUUGAGUUGGGGAUGGCAGCUCUCGGAGGGAAGUUCACUACGCUGGAAGGACUUCUCAAGGACAUC